CUGAAAAAUCAUCAAACCAUCUUUACCUCUGACUCUGUCUCUCUCUAUCUUUAUCUGUCACUCUCAUUCUCUUUCAAUCUCUGAAUUUUUCUCUUGGACUCUUGCUUCUUACCUCACCUUUCCUUCGAUUCCCUCCCUCUUUUUUCACCUUCUCCACUCCCAAACAAACUUACAAUUCUUCCUUUCCUUUUCACAUUACCCCACUUCACACGUCCUCAUUGCUAAAACCAACUAAAUCUCUCUACCUUUCUUCAUUUCAUUAGGGUUACUAUCAUUUUUUCCAUUUCACCCCUUUUUAGUUUUUGUGGCUUUUUUCAAGCCAUUCUCUAUUUUUGUUCACUACCCUUUUCUUUUUAUCAUUCUGUAAUCACAAUUCCAAUCUCAAAAUCCUAACUUUCUUCACUUUUGCUGAUUUUGUUUCUAGGGUUUGUUUGUUUGUUUGUUUAUUCAUGUUCUUCAAAAUCUGAUUUUGAAGUACAAUGCUGUUUUUUAGAACCCUUUAAGCUUAUGAUUCUAACCCAGAAUUUCAUUUUUUGAGAUUCAGUUUGUGUUUUUUACAAGUUUAGAUUCUGUUUCAAACAUGGGUUGUGUUCAUGGGAAGUGUUGUAGUCUUUACCCUGCACCAUCAAUUGGUGGGUCUAGGGACUAUAGAGAGCUUGGUCCACAAAAGAAGCAUGUGCUUACACAGAGAUCACUUCAUUUUGUUGAUGUUCCUUCUCACAAUUUCACUGUGGAGUAUUCUAUUUUUACUCAGAGAGGUUACUACCCUGACUCACCAGAUAAGGAAAAUCAAGAUUGUUAUUGUGUAAAGACUCAACUGCAAGGUAACCCUAAUGUUCAUUUCUUUGGUGUUUUUGAUGGACAUGGUGAAUUUGGUGGGCAGUGUUCUAAUUUUGUUAAGAAUAGGUUGGUAGAAAAACUGUCAAAUGAUUCUGCCUUGUUAGAGGAUCCUGUUAAGGCUUAUAAUUCGGCUUUUUUGGAUACUAAUGAUGACUUGCACAAGAAUGAGAUUGAUGAUUGUAUGAGUGGUACUACCGCGAUUACGGUGUUGGUUAUAGGGGACACGCUUUAUGUUGCGAAUGUUGGUGAUUCGAGGGCGGUUCUGGCUGUUAAAGAUGGGAAUAGAAUUGUUGCUCAGGAUUUGUCCUCUGAUCAGACACCGUUUAGGAGAGAUGAGUAUGAGAGAGUGAAGCUUUGUGGUGCUAGGGUUUUGAGUGUUGAUCAGGUGGAAGGGCAUAAGGAUCCGGAUAUUCAGACUUGGGGCGAUGAAGAGAGCCAGGGUGACGAUCCUCCGCGAUUGUGGGUUCAGAAUGGGAUGAUUCCUGGAGCUGCUUUUACAAGGAGUGUAGGAGAUAGUUUGGGUGAGACUAUCGGGGUUAUUGCGGUUCCGGAGGUGUUAACGGUUCAGCUUACACCUAAUCAUCUUUUCUUUGUUGUUGCAAGUGAUGGGGUAUUUGAGUUCCUAUCAAGCCAAACUGUUGUUGAUAUGGCCGCGAGUUAUUCCGAUCCGCGUGAUGCAUGUGCUGCCAUUGCUGGAGAGUCUUAUAAAUUAUGGUUGGAACAUGAAGGUCGAACAGAUGAUAUAACAAUUAUCAUUGUUCAGAUCAAAGGCCUGUCUAAUUCAGGUACAUCUGAAUACGGAUCAGGAGAGAUCAAUUUCAGCGCCGUAACAAAGGCCAAGAAGGGAAAGGGAGCGUCUGGUGUAUCUGCUGCCAACGGUCUAGAUGUUCACCGUGCCGUGAGGACUGGUUUACCCGAUUCACUGUCCUGUCAGCAUGUGGUGUCAUCGAGAAGCCAAGCCAUAGUGGUUCCUUCUCCCGAAUGUCAAAGUCCAGUUGAAUUGGUACAGUCUUCGUAGAGCAUUGUUUCAUAUUAGUAACCCUCGCACAAUAAAAUUUCCCCUUCUCCGAUUAACAGUGAUCGAAAAGAAGCGCUUUUAGGUGGUACAUAUCUAAGUUCUAUCUUUUUGAGCCUUCUGCAUCACCAAUAUAUUAUUCAUUGAGUCGAAAUGCCGACUCAAUUUUGUUAGGCUGCUGAAGGCAGAAGGUGCAUUAUCUUAUCAGCUGAAGGAGUUCUUCUCUCGGACUUUUAGAAAGCAUACUUUCUAUUUUCAAUGUUUUGCUAAUUCUAAGUUAACAUGUUAUUUAACUACACAGAAGCAGUUCAGAAUACACCUAAACUUAACUGCACCUUCUUUAAAAGUGGAUGUAUAAAGAACUUGAAAUAAAGAGAGUCUAAACUUGACUACCACUUACGUUGAAUUAUAUUGGUGAAUGUAUUAUCGUGUAGCUUUGUAGCUCAAAUGGGAGUUCUUGGUCUGGUUAA